AUGGAUACGAAAAUGGCGAAGAAGAUGAUGUUGAUUUUGCUAUUGCUUUACGUAAUUAACAGUCUACAUGCAUCCUUGGAUUGGUCGAUUCAUCUCCAAGCUAAAUCAAGCUUUGUUUAUGUUGAUAAGCGCGGAGGAGGUCAUGGAGGUGGAGGUGGUCAUGGUGGCGGAGGAGGUCAUGAAGGUGGUGGCAAUGGUAGCGGUGGAAACGGAGGCAACAGUGGAGGUGGUGCAAACGGUGCUGUUAUCCCAACGCAAUCAGCCGGUGGUCAACGGGGUCAUGGCCGGAAGAACGACGGCAGCCUCCAUACGGCUUCUCUUUUCCGAUUGACGUCCACUAUGUUAGGUCUGAGAUCUUCAACAUCCAAAGUUUCAUUGGUUGUGAUGUCUUCUCUGUUUAGAAGUUCGACACUCAGAGUAUUGGUAAAAAUCAAGGAUGCAGAGUAGAAAAAGUGCAGAUGGUAUAUUACUCCCACCAGCUACAAAAACGAAGCUUCAAGGUGGCGAGGUUGUUGCAGUUGAAGAAGGCAGGACAACUGACCAAAACAAGGUGGAAAUUGGUGUCUAUAUUGCCAUAUUGGUACUCCAAUUGUAUACUCAAUGUACGUAAGGACUCAAGUUGAGUUUAAUGGGUCAAACCAUUUUAUACCGAAGGGAGAUGACAUUGUUGGUAUUCCUGAAAGAGAAGAUGUAAGGGAUUUGAAACCUCUUAUUAAUGAGGUAUUCAUACUCACCACGACGGAAGUGUCCCUCCC